AUGUCUACUGCUAUCAAUAAUGCUGUCUAUCUCAGUGGUAUCUUCCUUGCUGGGUAUCUUACAUACUCACUGGGAGUUGCAAUCUACAACUUAUAUUUCCAUCGACUAUCGAAAUUCCCUGGCCCAGCCUCACAUGCCGCAUUCUACUUCCCCGAGUUCUACCACAUCUUCCUCGGCAACUCACACACUACAACCAAGCAGCUCCACGAAAAAUACGGAGAAGUCGUACGCAACGCCCUCCCUGAUUACCCACUUGCACAAUCGAGCACAUUCACUAACUCCUUGCUCAUUUCAGACAUCUACGGCACCAAACCAAACAAACGCCAACUGGAGAAAGACCGCGACUUCUUCGUCGACCUACCAUCCGACAUCCAAUCCAUACUCCAAUCCACAGACACCGACCACCACCGUAUCCGCAAACAAGUCUCCCCUGCCUUCUCCGGCACUGCCCUUCGCGACCAAGAGCCCCUCCUGCGCCACUACUUCACGCUACUCACCUCCAAGCUCCUCCAGCAAAUCGACGGCCCCGCCAACGGCCGUGUAGACGUGACGCAAUGGUUCAACUUCACGGCGUUCGACAUAGCCUCGCGGCUCAUCCUAGACGACUGCUUCAAUUUGCUGGAACAGGAGCGAUUUAACUUUUGGACAGAACGGAUAUUUGAGGGGAUCAAGUUUUUGAGGUAUUUGAGGGUUGCGAGACGGUAUCCAGUGUUGUGGUGGGGGUUUGAGAAGGCGUUUGAGAUUGUGCCCAGGUUGAAGGAGCUGAGGAAUUCGCAUAUGGCGUUUGCGGUGGGGAAGGCGGAGGAGAGAAUUAGAAGGGGAGCGGGAAUUAGGGAUGUGAUGAGUUAUAUUACAAAGGAGAAUGGUGGCAAGGGACCUGCUAUGACACCCGAUGAGGUCAACAUUACUGCUGCUGUUACUCUCAUCGCUGGGUCUGAGACUACUGCGACUGUACUCUCUGGUGCUGCCUACAAUCUCGCUAGGAACCCGGAAGUAAGAAGGAAGGCGCAGGAGGAAGUCCGCACCGCGUUCAAGUCAGACGAGGAAAUCACUCUGGCAUCGCUACCUCGACUCAGCUACUUAAACGCCGUCAUUGAAGAGUCCAUGAGGUGUUUUCCUGCCGUACCAGGUACGUUUCCACGACGUACCGGACCAGACGGCGAUGUAAUUGCCGGGAACUUCCAUAACCCCGAGGCCUUCGCUCCCGAGCGCUGGCUACCAGACCCACCCGAAGAAUACAAGAACGACAAGUUGGGAUGUGUACAGCCAUUCCAUGUCGGGCCAAGGAAUUGCGUUGGCAAGAACCUGGCUUACUUGACACUCCGUUCAGUCCUAGCGCGUCUGCUGUGGCACUUCGACUUUGAGUUGUGUGAGGAGAGUCAAGGUUGGCAUAACCAGAGAUGCUUCAUUCUAUGGGACAAGCCACCGCUGUGGUUGAGGAUAUCGCGCAAGUUGGAUGACGUGAUUGUGGAAUGA